UCACACUAUGAAGAGAUCUUACUAUGAAGAAACAGGAAGGUUAUUAAUGGUACUUAUAUGGUUUCCAGAAUUAAUAUUAACUCUAAGAGUAUUUACUCUCUAACGCAUGGUUUAUAGAUACAGCACUGAUAGAAAAAGAUCAGAAGAAUUACACAGUCAUAAUGCAACUAGCUAGCAGAAUAACAACACUUAACACUCAUACAGUGUUUACUAUGUAUUGUGUUGGAUUGUAUCCCCCUAAACUUCCUAUGUGGAGGCCCUACUGCCCAGUACCUCAGAAUGUGACCCUAUUUAGAAAUAGGGUACUUUCAGAUAUAAUUAGCUAAAAUGAGGUCCCAUAAUCCAAUAGGACAGGUAUCCUUACAAGAAGGGGAAAUUUGGACACAGUUGCCCACACAGGGAGAAUGCUAUAUAAGGAUGAAGGGAGAGACUGGGGUGAUGUUCUUACAAGCCAGGGAACUCCAAAGAUCACCAGCAAACCACCAGAGGAGGGGAGAGGGAGAAAGCAGAUUCUUUCCUCAGGGAACUCAGAACCAACCAACCCUUCCAGUAUCUUGAUGCUGGACUUAAACUUCCAGAACUGUGAGACAAUAAAUUUCAGUUUUUUUAAGCCACUCAGUCUGUGGCACUUUGUUACAGCAGCCUUAGCAAACUAAUACACUAUGUGUCCAGACACUAUUAUAGGAACCUGCAUAUUACUCAUUUAAUACCACCUCCAUUUAGUUACUUUCACCUAUUCCACUUUAUAGCCAACAAAACUGAGGCACAUAGAAGGUAAUUAUUUUUCCCAAGUUCACAAUUAUUAAGUGGCAGAGGCAGGAUUUGGGAAAUGACACAAAUGGUAUUGACAGAGCAGUCCCAUAGCAUGGAUGAAUACUUCAAUUGUCUGGCCACUCAACAUCAAAGUUUGAUUCUCUGACCCUCUAAAGCUUUCUCUUAAUGCACUUUCUAAAAUGUUCUAGUUAUUCCUUUCUGCUUUGUGUCACUGGAGGAUCUCAGUUCUGGGCAAGAUCAGUCUGGAUUUGGUGAGACCAAAUAAUGACAAUGGAGUGUUGGGCGUAAAAGGGUUUGUACCAAGCUUUAUUCUCAUGGUGGCAGGUCCAGUGCUGGAAUCACAUCUGCAUCUGGCAAGUCUGCAGUUCACUUCAGACUAACCUGGAGCUCUUUGUACAACAACACAGACAAUAGAGGUUCACUGCCGACAGGUGUGGAAGCAUGCACCUGCCCAGUAGACCAAUUACAUAACUGCACAUGUGCUGUGAGCAAGUAGAUUAGGGUCAGGGGAGGAUCCUAACCACAGGAACUUCCAAAUCCCCUACAGCUUAAACUUAGCUGGACUAGAUUUAGGAGCCCUCAACUAAUAACCAUGACUGAUAAGACCUCCAGUUAGGAAAUGGAGUGCUGGGGCAAGCUGAAGUAUGAACAGAACCUGACACUGGACCCAGAAAAAAUAUCCAAGUGAUCUCUAACUACUUAUUAUAUGGGUUUUGAGUUUACACAGAGCUAAUGAAGGGCCUAUCUGACAAGCCUGGCCACAAAAGUUAAAUACUCUGAUCUUAAAGUAGCUUCAACUAGUCAGUCUGACCAUAAAGACUUUAAGACCUCUCUCCAAAAGCAAAGCUCUAGAAACUAUACUGGAGUCCAACUGAGGGGUGGAGGGUAGAGAGUUAAGGAGAAUAAUAGAGGAUUCCAAAUAAAAGAGACUUAGAUUAGUAAUUGAGACUUGGCUUUUCCUACACAUCAAAGCUGACAUUGGCCCAAGCUUGAUAACUGCUUUUCUUUAUCUUUCAUCACUUAAUUCACUUUAUGUUAACUCCCUGAGAAAACACUGCUUUCAGAAACUGUUUCACAACUUGAUAAAUAUAUUUUAAAGCAAAACAUUCACUUCAGAUAUGGAUUGAAUUGUGUCCCAUAAAAAUAUCUGUUAAUGGGGUGGGGGUAUGGCCCGCCCCGCCCGCAGACACAGACUUCCGGCUUGUCCUCGCCGUCCUCGCACUUCCGCUGACGUCGCCGGUCAGAGGUGUCAGGCAAGAUGUCGGCUACUGGUCGCUGUGAGCUGUUGCUGAGACGAGCAUCUUGGCGACAAGCUCCUCUGUGACAAAAUCGCAGGAGCGAGUUGUAGGAGGCGGCGGAUCCGGCGCAGCCGGGUGUGGACGCCGAGGAGCCGCGGCCGAGGGCCGUGACUGGGAGUGGGGAGUGUGAGGGCCGGAGACCGGUAAUGCCCCACUGCCCCCGGGAAAGCCGGGUGGCCUAGCGCCGCGGGGUCGCUCCAUGCCGCCGACUGGUCUAGAGCCCGCCAGAAUGAACAGGAAGAAAGGAGACAAGGGUUUUGAAAGCCCAAGGCCAUAUAAAUUAACCCAUCAGGUCGUCUGCAUCAAUAACAUAAACUUCCAAAGAAAAUCUGUUGUGGGAUUUGUGGAACUGACUAUAUUUCCCACAGUUGCAAACUUGAAUAGAAUCAAGUUGAACAGCAAACAAUGUAGGAUAUAUCGAGUAAGGAUCAACGAUUUAGAAGCUGCUUUUAUUUAUAAUGACCCAACCUUGGAGGUUUGUCACAAUGAAUCAAAACAGAGAAAUCUCAAUUAUUUUUCCAAUGCUUAUGCAGCUGCAGUUAGUGCUGUAGAUCCUGAUGCAGGAAAUGGAGAACUUUGCAUUAAGGUUCCAUCAGAGUUACAGAAACACGUUGAUGAAUUAAAGGUCCUAAAGAUACACAUCAAUUUUUCUUUGGAUCAGCCAAAAGGAGGUCUUCAUUUUGUGGUACCCAGUGUAGAGGGAAGUAUGGCAGAGAGAGGUGCUCAUGUUUUCUCUUGUGGGUAUCAAAAUUCCACAAGAUUUUGGUUCCCAUGUGUUGAUUCAUAUUCUGAAUUAUGUACAUGGAAAUUGGAAUUUACAGUAGAUGUUGCAAUGGUGGCUGUUUCCAAUGGAGAUUUGGUGGAGACAGUGUAUACUCAUGAUAUGAGGAAGAAGACCUUCCAUUACAUGCUUACCAUCCCAACAGCUGCCUCAAAUAUCUCCUUGGCCAUUGGACCUUUUGAAAUACUUGUAGAUCCGUAUAUGCAUGAGGUUACUCAUUUUUGUUUACCUCAACUUCUUCCAUUGCUUAAACAUACCACGUCAUACCUUCAUGAAGUUUUUGAAUUUUAUGAAGAAAUUCUUACAUGCCGAUACCCAUACUCCUGUUUUAAGACUGUAUUCAUUGAUGAGGCUUAUGUUGAAGUAGCUGCUUAUGCUUCUAUGAGCAUUUUUAGCACAAACCUGUUGCACAGUGCAAUGAUUAUAGAUGAGACACCUUUGACUAGAAGGUGUUUAGCCCAGUCCUUGGCCCAGCAGUUUUUUGGAUGUUUCAUAUCCAGAAUGUCUUGGUCUGAUGAAUGGGUACUGAAGGGAAUUUCAGGCUAUAUUUACGGACUUUGGAUGAAAAAAACUUUUGGUGUUAAUGAAUAUCGCCACUGGAUCAAAGAGGAACUAGACAAGAUAGUGGCAUAUGAACUAAAAACUGGUGGAGUUUUACUACACCCCAUAUUUGGUGGAGGAAAAGAGAAGGAUAAUCCAGCAUCCCAUCUACACUUUUCUCUAAAGCAUCCACAUACACUUUCCUGGGAAUACUACACUAUGUUUCAAUGUAAAGCUCACCUUGUAAUGAGACUGAUUGAAAAUAGGAUCAGUAUGGAAUUUAUGCUACAAGUUUUCAAUAAACUGUUAAGUUUGGCUAGUACUGCUUCAUCUCAGAAGUUUCAGUCACAUAUGUGGAGUCAGAUGUUGGUUUCCACAUCUGGGUUUUUGAAAUCCAUCUCAAAUGUUUCUGGCAAAGACAUCCAGCCUUUAAUAAAGCAGUGGGUAGACCAGAGUGGAGUGGUAAAAUUUUAUGGAAGUUUUGCAUUUAAUAGAAAACGAAAUGUCUUGGAAUUAGAAAUAAAACAAGAUUAUACAUCUCCUGGAACUCGGAAAUAUGUGGGACCACUUAAAGUGACAGUGCAAGAGUUAGAUGGAUCCUUUAAUCAUACAUUGCAAAUUGAAGAAAACACCCUUAAACAUGAUAUACCCUGCCAUUCCAAAAGCAGAAGGAAUAAGAAGAAAAAAAUUCCACUGAUGAAUGGAGAACAAGUUGAUAUGGACCUCUCUGCAAUGGAGGCUGAUUCGCCUUUGCUGUGGAUAAGGAUAGACCCAGAUAUGUCAGUACUGAGAAAAGGCGAAUUUGAACAAGCAGAUUUUAUGUGGCAGUACCAGCUCCGCCAUGAGAGGGAUGUUGUUGCCCAACAGGAGUCCCUUUUGGCCUUGGAAAAGUUCCCUACUCCAGCAUCUUGCCUUGCACUCACUGACAUACUAGAACAAGAGCAGUGUUUCUACCGAGUGAGAAUGUCAGCUUGCUUCUGCCUUGCAAAGAUUGCAAAUUCAAUGGUGAGCACAUGGACAGGACCACCACCCAUGAAGUCACUCUUUACUAGAAUGUUUUGUUGCAAAACUUGUCCAAACAUUGUGAAAACAAACAAUUUUAUGAGCUUUCAAAGUUAUUUUCUACAGAAGACUAUGCCAGUUGCAAUGGCUUUAUUGAGAGAUGUUCACAACCAUUGUCCCAAAGAAGACUUAGCAUUUAUAUUAGACUUAAUCAAGUACAAUGACAACAGAAAGAAUAAGUUUUCAGAUAACUAUUAUCGUGCAAAAAUGAUUGAUGCCCUUGCCAACUCUGUUACACCUGCUGUCAGUGUGAAUAAUGACGUUCGAACUUUGGAUAACUUAAAUCCAGAUGUACGACUCAUUCUGGAAGAAAUCACUAGGUUUCUGAAUAUGGAAAAACUUCUUCCAAGUUACAGACACACCAUCACUGUCAGUUGUCUGAGAGCCAUAAGAGUGCUUCAGAAGAAUGGACAUGUGCCAAGUGAUCCAGCUCUUUUUAAAUCUUAUGCAGAAUAUGGCCACUUCGUGGACAUUCGGAUAGCAGCUUUGGAAGCAGUUGUUGAUUACACUAAAGUAGACAGGAGUUAUGAAGAACUGCAAUGGCUACUUAAUAUGAUUCAGAAUGAUCCUGUACCUUAUGUAAGACAUAAGAUUCUAAACAUGUUGACUAAGAACCCACCAUUUACUAAGAACAUGGACUCUCCCUUAUGCAAUGAAGCCUUGGUGGAUCAACUUUGGAAACUUAUGAAUUCUGGUACUUCACACGACUGGAGGUUACGGUGUGGUGCUGUGGACUUGUACUUCACGCUUUUUGGCCUCAGUAGACCUUCCUGCUUACCCUUGCCAGAGCUUGGGUUGGUUCUUAAUCCGAAGGAGAAAAAAGCUGUCUUGAAUCUGACCAUAAUUCCAGAGGCCAUAGCAGGCAACCAAGAAGCUGUGAUUAAUCCAAGUGGGCACAAACAGCUAGUUGGAUUUCAGAAUCCUGAAGAUGAUCACCUUGCCAAGGAAGCAACAUGUAAUAUAUCAGCUCAUCAGCAGGGAGUGAAGAGGAAGGCUGAUACACCACUGGGGUUCCCACUAGAACCUGGUCAAAUACUGGAGAAGAAUGAGGAUAGCAGUAAAGUCAAACUCAAAAUCAGAUUUUCAAAUUCUCAAGACGAGGAGGAGAUUGAUAUGGAUACUGUUCAUGAUAGCCAGGCGUUCAUUUCCCAUCAUCUAAACAUGCUUGAAAGGCCAUCAACUCCAGGGCCCUCUAAAUAUCGGCCAUUAAGCUCCCGAUCUGCUGUAAUACCCCAGCACAUACCAGGCUGUGAUGGAGCACCUACCACAAAACCACAGUGGAGUAUGGAACUUGCACGAAAGGGAACAGGUAAAGAACCAUCAUCUUUGGAGAUGAGUAUGCAUCCAGUUGCAACAGCUCCACUCUCAGUGUUUACUAAGGAAUCUACGUCCUCCAAACACAGGGAACACCAUCACCACCAUCACCAUGAGCACAAGAAGAAGAAGAAGAAGAAGCACAAACAUAAGCAUAAUAGUAAGGAAAAGGACAAGGAACCUUUUGCUUUCUCCAGCCCUGCCAGUGGCAGGUCUGUUCAUUCUCCUUCCCUUUCAGACUGAGAAGGGGCAGAGACCUUUCCCUCAGUGUACAGAAAAUACAUAAAUAUAUAUAUAGAACUAAGCUUUGUCCUCUGUAAAGAACAAAAGGAAACAAAAACAUAGUUAGCCAUCUCAUAAAUUUCAGAAUCCAUAUAAGUUCUAAACAUUUGAUUCACAGUAUUUAUACAAUUGAGAUCUAAUUAGGAAAAUGUGUUUUAUAGUUCUGAAUAAAUCAGUUCAUCCUGUUUUCUCCUUAAACACAAACACACCCCCAAACAUUUUCCAUAAAGGUCCUCAUACCCACUGGCAGUCCCCAUUCACAUCAUGGUCUCCAUGUGUACUGCCAAAGCUAAUGAGGCUUUAAAGUCUUUGGAUGUUAAGGGGCAAAGUUAUGUUUUAAAAAGAAGCUAUUGCCAAAUCUGGGUGAAACCACUAUUUCCAGUGAAAUACUGUAUAACACCAUUUGGAGCUACUGAAAAAGGCUUUUCUAUGGGAAUGUUCACUAUUACAUGGGUUUUUUUGGGUGUGAACCAUAGAUGCUAAAAAUCAGAAUUUAUGAAGAAUACAUUAGAUUCAUUUACUCCGAAGUACUGAACUUUAAAGAAGGAGCUCUUUAAAAAAAUUGAGUAACUAUUUGAUAGUGCAUUCAGCAAUCAGGGUGCUGGAACUUGACAGAACUCUCAAAUCCAUAAUUGUUCUCAAUUCAGGAUGUUUAAAUUACCAGUUCUUUUUCUCACUAGGUAUGAGUGAAUAUGUUCAUAUUCAGAACAUGUUUGCUAAAUAAGGACAAUUUAUAUACUCAGCACAAUCUAAAAAUUAUUACUGUCUAAAACAAAGUUGGAACCUUAAAAAGGUGGUUAUAUACUGUUUAUUAAGUUGUACAUAGACAGUUUAGCCCUCAUGUGAGCAAAGCAAAGGCAUUUCAAAAGAAUGAAACAUUUUGGUUUCAUACUUCACUAGUUUGUAUGUUUGUCCUUUUAUUUUUAUUUCUGAAUUUACCCUGUGCUUUAAUGUUUGUUUAAAAAUAUUUUUCUCACCCGUUCAGUUUUUUAUCAUUUCCCUUAUCAUUAGAAAAUUUAACAAAACACUUCUUCACAGAAUAGAUAAUUCAAAGGGAUCCAAUUAUGUUGGACUUUUAAAUAUACUACUUGUAGUUGUGUUUAAGUUGUUUAAUAAAUAACUUUUUAA